CCGAAACAGAGGUUCGAGUACAGACAGCCCCACCACUUCCAUUCCCAUCACGCAUCUUACGCUUCCUCUCCAAGCCAAACGGGGCGUUGCUUCGAUUCUCUCUUUCGAACGUUGAAGUCCACAAGCAAAAGCGUUGCGUCCCCUCAUGUGAAAAGCAAAAGAGAAAACGAAAGAGGAAAAAGAGAGAGCCCGAGAAAAUAUUCAGUUCUUUUGCUUUGCUUCCAGUAGUAGUCUUCUCUGUUCUUUUCUAGAAUAUAAUAGCGUGUCUGGGUCUUUUCUUUUUUGGCUGAGGAUCAGUGGUGGGGUUGGGGUUGGAAGCUGAAGCCCGUCUCUUGCCUUUUGCAGGGGGAGAGAGAGAGAGAGAGAGAGAGAGAGAGAGAUGGGUUCUCUGACUGCUGCUCCUCUCGUCCCUUCGAAGUUGGAAUCUUCUUCUCUUUAUCAGAGACAGAGGUCUCUGUUUCACUCACACAGGCGAUGUACCAAGAAGAGGAAUCUCUCCAUUGUCCCCGUUGCGAGGUUGUUUGGGCCGGCGAUUUUCGAAGCGUCCAAAUUGAAGGUUCUCUUCUUGGGCGUGGAUGAAAAGAAGCAUCCGGGGAAGCUUCCGAGGACUUACACGCUCACUCACAGUGAUGUCACUUCGAAGCUCACUCUGGCUAUAUCCCAGACCAUCGACAACUCUCAGCUGCAAGGAUGGUACAACAGAUUACAGAGAGAUGAAGUUGUGGCAGAGUGGAAGAAAGUGAAGGGGAAGAUGUCUCUGCAUGUCCACUGCCACAUCAGUGGAGGCCACUUCCUCCUGGACCUGUUUGCGAAGCUCAGAUACUUCAUCUUCUGCAAAGAGCUCCCUGUGGUGCUGGGGGCAUUCGUGCAUGGGGAUGGGAGCCUUCUGAGCCAGCACCCAGAGCUGCAGGAGGCUCUGGUUUGGGUGUAUUUCCACUCCAACCUUCCCGAGUUCAACAAGGUGGAGUGCUGGGGCCCGCUCAGGGACGCUGCCGCCCCUUCCUCCGCCGGGUCUCGCAAGGGGGAGGAGGAGGAGGAGAUGGAGACGCAGUCGACCGAGUGGGAGCUGCCGGAGGCGUGCCGCAUGGAGUGCGAGUGUUGCUUCCCUCCGAUGAGCUCGAUCCAGUGGUCGGAGGAGCUUCCCCGGCGGAGCGGGGGCGGGUGUGGGGCCCAGGAGGGCGUGGGCCAGCAAAGUUAGGCCCAAAGCGACAACAUUGUAUCUGCCUAUUGGUCGCUAUAGUUUUCACUUGUUCGAUGGCGUGUGAUGUAAAUGAAUUGCAUGGAAAUUGUGUAUAUAUAAAGCCGAAUUUAUUGAAUGAAUUUCUCCCAACCAAGGCUUGGGUCACUGUCCA